ACGGCAGCAGGCGACGUCGCUGGCGUCGCUUCAAACUCUCGAUAAACCCGGUUACGGAUCGUGGUCCCGGACCGUGGUCCAUUAGGUUUAAUCCAUCAGGAACCUCCGGAGUGGUAAGUUCAGCAGUAGCAUCUUCAGCGUACGAUUCGAAAUGGAAGGCUUCAAGUGGUGCCUGCUGGUGUCGCUGGCACUGGUCUGUCAGUUUGGGCUCGUCCCUGCUCAGGAUGGUGUUAAAACGUGGCGCAAAGGUGGAGGAGGAGGUGUUAAGGGAGGCCCCAACGGUACGAUGCUGGUGGAGAUGCAAGCUUUCGGUCCCGCUCAGAACCAAUCAUCGAUGAGUCUGCACCGUUCGAACGAGUCGCUCAGUGCGCUGGAUCGUUUCAUGAACAAAACCAAGGGACAGAUACCGACCGGGGUUUGCUUCGAGGAGGUACCGACCGUCUCCCUGCUGCAGGGUUCCGCUCGUGGUGAUGUUCCGGCGGGUAAUGGAUCCAAUCCCUCGCUGAGUCGCGUGCAGGUGUGCUGUGCCGGGUACGAGCGCAAUGUUCACAACUUCCGCAAGUGCGAACCGAUCUGUACGGAACCGUGCCAGAAUGGACUGUGUGUGGCACCGAACACCUGCGAAUGCUAUCCGGACUUUGUGCGGAAUGCACGCGGUCGGUGCGUACCGACCUGUCCGAUCGGCUGCGAGCAUGGAGAUUGUCCCGGUGGAGCGAACGUCUGCAUCUGUCACGAGGGGUACGAGCUGGAUGAGGAGAAAGGGAAGCUGUGCGUACCGAAGUGUACCGGAGGUUGCGGUACGACCGGACGCUGCGUUGAUGUGGAGCGGUGCGAGUGUGCUGAGGGGUACGGAUUCCAUCCGGAGCUAAAGUGUGCCCCACUGUGUGAAGGUGGCUGCCAGGGUGGUAAGUGUGUAGCGCCUAACGUCUGUCAAUGUAGCGCCGGCUACGAGAAGGUGGAUUCGACGUGUGAACCCAUCUGCUCGAGUGGUUGCUUCCAUGGUACUUGCGUCGCACCGGAAACCUGCGCCUGCAAACCAGGCUACAAGGAAAUCGGAGGUCAGUGCACCGCUAGCUGCGAUCAACCUUGCCUGAACGGUGAAUGUACCGGACCGAACGUUUGCAGCUGUAACCGAGGCUACGAGCUCGAUGCCGUCAAUCCUUUCCAUUGCAUCCCGCACUGCCCGAAUGGAUGCCCGAAUGGAGUGUGCUCGGGACCUAACAUGUGCCUCUGCAAUGCCGGCUUCGUCAAGGAUCGUUCGCUGAAAGGAAGUCAAGCUUGCGUCCGGCGCUCCGAUGCCGUCAAGUCAACGAACAUGUUCUACUUGAAGAUCAUCUUUGCGUGCAUCCUGUUGAUAAUGAUCCUGUGGUGCAGCGGGAUCGAUGGCGCUUGUUCCACUACCAAGGCUGAAAUAGGAUACCAGAUGAAGAAUGGAAAAAAGGUCGCGAUAAUUAAGGUACACUGCUGCACGGGGUAUAAACGCUUGAAGAACAGACAAUGUCAACCAAUCUGUUCGCAACCGUGUGAAAAUAGCAAAUGUUCUGCACCGGAUGUCUGCACCUGUGACGAAGGAUACAAGAAGCUUUCAAACCAUCGAUGCAUUCCACACUGUGACGAGUGCGAUAAUGGUAUCUGCACGAAGCCAGGCCACUGUCAGUGUCUGUCCGGUUACAUUAAGACUGAUAACGGCACGUGUAUGGCCGAGUGUAACAACUGCUUCAAUGGGUUCUGCCAGUUUCCGAACGAGUGUGAAUGCCAUGCCGGUUACGAACUCGUCGGAGAUGGCGCCACAGGUCACCAGUGUCAGCCGGUAUGUACGGAAGGGUGUUCCAAUGGACAGUGUAUCGCUCCAGGAGAAUGCGCCUGUAACGAGGGCUUCAGUAUGUCCACGACCGGAGAGUGUCUUCCGAUUCCGCGGUGUCCAGAAGGAUAUGAGGAGUCUAAGGACGAUGAUGCAGCGACCAUUCAGUGUCGGCCGAUCUGUAGUGAACCUUGCCAGCAGGGAGAAUGUGUAGCUCCGGAACAGUGCGAAUGCUUUCAGGGAUAUUCGAAUGUUAACUCGAGCUCACCGUAUCAGUGCCAUCCGGUGUGUAAUGGUGGGUGCAGUAAUGGUGAUUGCGUUGCUCCGGGCCAGUGCAUCUGCCGGCCACAGUAUGGCAAGAUUGGGGACGAGUGUGUUCCUCUGUGCGAGAAGUGUUCACUUGGCCAUUGCGUGCGGCCGAACGAGUGCGUUUGCGAUCGUGGCUACCGGUUGACGAAUGGUGAUUGUGAACCGAUUUGCGAGAUGGAAUGCAUCAACGCGAACUGCACCGGACCGAACGCCUGCACUUGCUUACCGGGCUACAACUAUACCGACAUUAAUGCGUUGUUUGAUUGUUUGCCGGUUUGCGACGAAGAGUGCAUCAAUGGGCGGUGUGUUGCUCCGCAAACGUGCGAAUGUGAUGCAGGCUACGUGCGGGAUGAUGAUAACAUGUGCGUCCAUCCAGUGGAGCUUUGUCGUCAGAAGUGUACGAAUGGUAAUUGCCGAGGUGCGGAGUGUUACUGCAAUGCAGGUUAUGUGAAGAGCGCGACCGAUGGACACUGUGAGCGAACCUGUCCCAAUGGCUGCACAAAUGGUGACUGCUGUGGGGGCGCGUGCUUUUGCUACGAAGGCUAUCAGUUGCAUCAGGACAACGAAUCAAUCUGUGAGCCGGUCUGUGGCGAAGACUACGAUUAUAGUAGUACGGUCUGCAUAAAUGGACGUUGUAUUCGACCGAACGUUUGCCAGUGUGACGAUGGGUACGAAUUCGUCGAUGUCAACCAGACACGCUGUGAAUCGAGUGAAGAGCUGGCACGACAGCGAGCGGCUCAGGAGCGAGCCGAACAGUGUCAAAGGAACUGUCGCAAUGGAAAAUGUCGCGCUGGUGAAUGUUGGUGCGACGAAGGAUACGCUCGACCGGAAGGGGAUGGUUUCAUUUGCAAACCGGUAUGCGAUGAACCCUGUCGCAACGGGACCUGUGUAUUACCAAACCGAUGCGAGUGUAAUGCUGGGUUUGUGUUUGUGAAUGGUAGUAAUAGUUUGUGCCGAUCGGAGGAGGAUCUACGAAGGGAGGCCAACGAACGAUGCACCGCGCUUUGUCAGAAUGGUGAUUGCUAUGGUGGGGAUCGAUGCACCUGCAUGAUAGGAUACCGAGCACCGGAAACUGAAGCAUACAACUGCCAACCGGUCUGUGGACGUUCGUGUGAGAAUGGAUACUGUAUUGGGAAUGAUCGCUGCCGGUGUCUGGAAGGUUUCAGCUUGAGUACAGAAGAUGAUCAUCUCUGUAAUCCGAUCUGUACACCGCAAUGUGUCAAUGGAACCUGCAUAGCUCCCGAUAAAUGUCUCUGUAAUGUGGGGUACAUUAAUGACGAGAAUCAGCCAAACGUCUGCCGUAAGGAGGAAACGCCCGAGGAACGGAUGGCGCGUGAACGACAGACCGAAUGUGAACGUGACUGUCGUAAUGGACAAUGCGAGCAGGGCGAGUGUCAGUGUGAUCAGGGCUUCCGACAUACGCCAGGGAACGUGCUAUACUGUGAACCGUUCUGUGAACAAACCUGUGAGUCCGGUCGAUGCAUCGGUAAUAAUCAAUGCGAGUGUUUCGAUCAGUAUGAGCUAGUGGAACCGUUUGUCUGUGCACCGAUCUGCGAGACGGACUGUGUGAAUGGUUAUUGCAGUGCUCCGAACCGCUGCCAGUGUCACGAAGGAUACCGCAAGUCAAAUGAAUCCGACAGUGAAUGCAGACCAGUUUGCGGCGAUACAGACUGCACGAAUGGUGUCUGCGUGGCGCCGAAUGAGUGCAGCUGCCUAGAUGGAUAUUAUCCAGAUGAAGACAAUCUAUUUCUCUGUAUUCUUGAUGCUAAAGCCAUUUUGCUACCACAUGAGGGAAGUGAGCGGGACUACUAUAAGAUGUCAUACAUACAUUACUUCGUUCCCGUGAUCGCCAGCGUGGCGCUUAUCCUGACGAUUCUCAUCAUCAAGACGAUAAUGCGGAACCGGCAGAAGAACUACCAUGUGGGCAAGUUGGAGAGCAAAGAAAACUGCGUCUACUAUACGCCGAAUGCAGACUCUAAACCCGAUGAGCUUACGAAAUUAAAUGUUCGGGUGGAAACUAUUUAAUUCCUUUUCUUUAUUCCCACUUCCAGCUGUUUCUAUCAUUCAUUAUCGGCAAUGCUGCUGUCCACGUUCGGAAUACCAAGCCAUACGAUGAUGUUUAGUUUUUCUUACUAAUUCUGUAAAUAAUUCCUCCCUUUCGCCGACGAACUUCGAUCGAACUGAUUUUUAAUCCUAAUAAGAAUGUGUUGCUAAAUCGCUUGUAAUAAAUGUGUAUGA